UAUAAAACCCUACCGUCUCUGUCACCUCCGUCCCAAAUCAGCCCAGUGCGAAGAGUAGCUAUCACGUAGUGAGAUCUAGCUACUAGUCAGCGAAAUGGCUUCGACCUCGUCCCGCCGCAUGGUCGCGUCCGCCCUAUUCGUCGUCCUCCUGCUCCUCGUCGCCUCAGAGAUUGGGCCGACGCGGGUGGCGGAGGCGAGGCACUGCGUGUCGCAGAGCCACAAGUUCGAGGGCACCUGCACGAGGAAGAGCAACUGCGAGAACGUGUGCAAGACGGAGGGCUUCCCGUGGGGCGAGUGCAAGUGGCACGGCAUUGUGCGCAAGUGCUACUGCAAGAGGCUCUGCUAGCCGCCCGGCCGUGAUCAUCGGCCGGCCGGCCGGCCAACCCGGGGAAGGGCUAGCUAGCUUCUAGCUAUAGCUUGGACCGGCCGGCCCCGGGGCCCCGGGCCUUUUGCUGUUAUCGCGUCGCGUUCGCGUCCAUGCUGCCGUGGUCACCGCCCCUCGUGUCUUCAGUUACGUCCCCGUCUCGUGUACCCCAGCCAUUCCAUGUCGAUGUCGUGUGGUUUUCCUUGUAACAUGUUUUAGCUACCUGGAAAUGGGAACAAUAAGCUUUUG